UGUGUCGCUGGCACGUCGAGACUUUUAGGUUUGGUUGCACGUUAGCACAGCUGCUGCGAAAGUUCACCAGUACAGGACAAUGAGGACGUCACUGGUGGUGGUCUCUGUAGUCGUUAUUAUGGGUGUGUUUGCCGAGCUGACUGCCGCAAUGAUUACGACGGACCCCGCUUGCCAUCGCAUACGGACAAAGGUGGACAAAGUGCGCCGAUACUGCGUCUACCUGUGCCACACGCCUGAAGGAAACAUACGGAUGGGACUGGAGGAAGACGGCACUCCUUGCAGGUCCUUGAUCCACGAAGGCGUCUGUCGGCGGGGAAGGUGCCGCAUGAUUCAACACAAGAAGGCCUCCUCUCCCAAACACGACGGUGGUGUCACCGAGGAAAGUCCGUAGUCGCCAUUCUACCACAAGAGCCUCGAGCGACCCGUGAGAGCCGACGUUUCGACCACGGAUGAUAUGUUACCUACUCUACUCGAGCAAUGAGCUCGAAUGCAUCUGCGCGGUGACGGGAACCGAUACGUGAAGCAGCAGGCAGCCUUCAUCACAUGGAUUUGAACUCGGUGAACUGCUCUUCCGUGAAGCGGCAUUCCACUAUUAUAACCAGCAGUAUUCGUAACAAGGACCUUUAGCUAAAUGGUUAAUACCUGACAAGGGUAACAGUAGCUUAAAAACGGGUAGUGCCACUGUAGGAAUCGAUGGACAAGAGAGUUAGACGCAGCACUAUGUCCGGUUAAGUGCCGUACAAGACUGCAAUUUCUGGUAAAUUGGGAAUGAUUAAGUCCAGGUGGACUAUUUUACCUAGAACUCUCAAGUUAGGAAAUGAGAGGGUGUAUGAUGAUGAUCAAAUCCACGGUAAUUCCAAGUGCGAAGAACAACGAAAUGUUCCAGAAAAUGUCACUAUUUUCUUUUCGUUAAUUUGCUUCCGAAUUGAUUAAUCGCAAGGGCGUAAUUUAUUGUGUACAUUGCUUGGCAAAUAUUAUGCGUUUUUUGUGGUGAUGUCGCGUAAUCGAAAUGGUGCACCUAAUAAAGACAUUU